AUGGCUGAUGCAUUCGGAAAGGUGGAUAAAACCUUGAAUAUAGAUAACGAUGACGAGAUGCUAGAUAUUGAAGAAGAUUUUCCCCGCGAAAAUUUGUCAAGGGUUGAAAAAAAUAAGAAUUAUAAAAAGAAAUAUGAGAGAACGGAAAAGAAGCAAAGAAGCCCGUCAAAAUCAGAUUAUGAAGAUGUGUGGAAACGUCCUAUUACUGCUGAGUUGUUGACGGAGGGAGUGCUUGGAUUAGGUGUUAUUAAUCGAAUUAAAGAGACCGAAAUACUGUUGGAAUGUUCAAAUGGUGUGAUUGUUGUGGCACCAAUCACAAAUUUUGGCAGCGCAUUGAUAGAAACACUUCAGAAUUCAUCUUUAGAAUUAGAAAACGUUUUCCAAGUUGGUCAGAUGCUGGCAUUCAAAGUUAUGAAACCGAGACAUAGCGGUUCUUUACGGGAACCGGGGAAAAAUUCAUAUCCUAUUGUUUGUUGUGAUCCAUUAAUCGUGAAUUUUCAUCUUAAUCCGGGCAACUUAAUCAAUGGUCUUGUACUAAAUGGUUCUGUGGAUAGUAUCGAAGAUAAAGGUGUCAUUAUUAAUCUUGGAUUGCAGUCAGUCGAAUUAAAAGGAUUUUUGCCAGAGAAAAAUUUACCACCAAGUUUUCAGAAAGAAAGUUUGCUUAGAGGACAGUUGUUAUUAUUACGAGUAGAGCAUGAAAGCUCAUCCAAGAAUAUGCGUGUUGUAAACUUGUCGGGGAUUCCGGAACUGGACACUUUAAGUGAUGUAGCUGUUCAGAACCUAAAGCUAAAUGAUUUAAUGCCUGGAACUAUACUUUGGGCCCAACCUCUAAAAUUAGUUGCUAGAGGUGUUUAUGUGGACAUUGGAAAUGGAAUAAGAGGAUUUGUUAGCAACCUGCAUUCGCCUCCAAGAUAUCAUGCUGAUGCAUCCAAAUGUUUAAAACCUUUCCGAGUUGUUGUUAUGCUUUGUCAACAAAACAGUAACUUGGUGGCAUUUAAUGGACAACCAGAUAUUGUCGCAAUUAGUAGAUUUACGAAACGCAUUAAUUUUGAAGGCAUUCGUAUUGGUGAUAUAAUUAACUGCAAAGUGACGGAUUGUAAUAAAAAUGGAAGUGUCAAUUUCAGUUUAAUGUUGGGAGAUGGAAGCAAAAAUUCACUUAAAGCAUUUGCAACAAAUACUAGACUUGAAGAUGGUACUAUUUACAAAACUGGAACAGUGCAUCAAGCACGUGUUUUAUCGUAUAAGAUGGUUGAACGAGUUUUAAUUGUCACGACACGAAAAGAUAUUCUAGCCCAAAAAAUGGUCAGCGUAAAAGAUUCUACUGUGGGUGAAAGAAUUACUGGGAAGGUGAUAUCUGUAUCGUCAAAAGGGUUGUAUGUCAAAGUUUACGACACAAUUCAUGGUUUCAUACCUAAAAUUCAACUUUCUGACAAACUGAUUACACAAAUCAACAAGCACUUUUUCGUUGGUGAUGAAAUCAAGUGUCGUAUUUUAAGCCUAGACAGGCUAAAAACACGAUUAAUCCUGACUAGCAAAGAAUCUCUCAUCACAAGUAGCGAUGCGAUCAUCAAAAGUUAUAUUGAAGUCAGCCCUGGCAUGGUGUCAAUGGGGUACGUUACUUGUUUGCAUCCAAGUGGAGGGCUCAUAAUGGGUUUUUAUGGUGGGACCCGAGCAUUUAUGUUUCCGAAGGAAGUAGAGCGACUGGGAACAAACAUAAAAAUUGGUUUGACUGUUCGCAUUCGUGUAGUUAGUGUUGAUCCACAAAAUGAGCGAAUGCUCGUUGCAGUAGCAGAUGAAUUUAGUGAUAAAAACAGAUCAGUGAAGGCACAGCCAUUUAUAUUUGAAAAAGAAGAUCCAGUUUCUUUUAUGGCAGUAGUUAACGGUUUUACGUCAAUGGGCAGGAGCUGCAAAUUUCAAGAAAUGUUGAAUGUUGUUCUACGAUUGAAGAAAAAGAUGGGAGGAAAGGUUGAAGCAACAAUUUCGAAGGAGCUUUUAAGUGAUUGUCUUGAGUUACCAUUUUCUUCGCUAAGCGAAAACAUUGCCCUUGGAAGUAUAUUGCCAAAAGUUGCUGUGUUGGGUGUUGUUGCUGGAAAUCUCAAGAUCACGACUAAACGUUUUAUGAUCGAAUGGUUAGAAUCUCACGAGCGUAUUACUAGUAUUGAAAUGCUCAUGAAAGGCAAACUCGUUUGUGGAAGCGUUGUUAGGAAGCAUCCAGAGAUAGGAUAUUUUGUAGAAUUAGCAGGUGGCUCAGCACUUACCGCUCCAGCUCGUUUUGUAAGACCAGAAGCAUUAUCGCUGUCAUUGCAACAGCUUCAAAUUGGUCAAACUGUUGUAGCACGUGUGUCAUCCGUUGAUGUAGAUAGAAAACGUUUUGCUUUAAUUCUAGAUCCUAAGUUUUGCGUACCAUCUAAUUCUGAACCUGAUUACUUUGCCCCUUCAUUGAUGCGCUGUGCAUUAGAGGAACUGAACUGGUUCGCAGCAAAUAAUCCCAGCAAAUUUGAUGUGCCGAGAAUCGGAUCCUGCAUUGAUGUAAAUAUUACAGACUUUUCGGAGAAUUCUAUCAAUAUUCAAGUGGUUGGUUCAGGUAUCAAAGGAGCAGCUGUCAAUAAUUCUACCGAUAUGCUGAAGGUUCUCUCAAACGAAUUUCAAAAGGGGAGCCGUUCGCAAGCACUUGUUUUGGAUAUAAAAUUUCCAAGUUUCGAGGUGGAUGUUCUGCUUCUCAAAAAUGGUUUUCAAAAUAUGGAUGAGGAAAAAUUAAAGUCGAUAUUACGUUGUCAAAAGAUAUUAGAUGCGACCGUAUGGUUGAGAAAGAAGGAAUAUAUUGUUGCCACAGUAAAAUUUGAAAACUUUAUUUUUGUUACUUGCAUUCCACGGAGAUUACAUCCCAAUUUAGAUGUUAUACCCGAAAAACCAGAUGAGAAUAGAAACUUUUGCACUAUUGUUCCUAAAUUAGUCUUUGGAGAUGUCAUGAUUGGAACUGCAGUGAACAUGUCUGAGAUAAAUCAGUUAAACAAGAAACAAAUCAAGGUCCAAAAAAAAACGACUGUGAAGAAAAAGUUGAAACAGUUCUGGAUAUAUAAAGCGAAGGUCGUAGGAAUUUGGUCCAAAGAGGGUAAAUCUCACAGUUCAGUUGAGCUGGAACUCCCUGGUGGUACUCUCGGUCGAUUGCAUGCAUCUGAAUUUGAUGAUAGUUUCUUAAAUCAAAGUUCUCAGCCUGUACAAUCUUUUUUAAAAAAGAUGAAGGGGAAAGUGAUCAACAUUAAAAUUAUGUUUUUCUCAAAAGUAAGGGAAAAAAUGAAGAAGAAAAGCCAUUUGGAAACUAAAGAAGAUGAUUCAGCUAAAGAGAAGAAAAUUACAAUCGCAACACGUAUAGCGGAGUGUACGAUGAAGAUGUGGAAAUUAAAUGAAACGAAAAAGAAACAGUCAUUAUUGGGCUAUCCUAAGACUUAUACUUAUGGCUCAUUAAUUCCUGUAUUUGUAUGUGAAGGACCACAUUUAGGAGUAGUUAAAGUUGAAGCUAGUCCGCUUUGGAAUGGGGUUAUUCGAAAGCAGAAUUUAACAGAUGAAAAUUUGAUAUCCAAUCCAGCCAAUGAAACUUCAGCAUUAAUUGAUAUCGACUUUGAACCUGGAGAGAAAUUAAUUGCGCAAGUUAUUGGGAUAAAUGUUUUUAAAAAAAGAAGUGGCAGAUCCAGACAUCGAAAAUGUUUGGAAUUAACUUUGAAAGAAACUAGAAAGGUAUUUGAGGAAGGUGAUGUUGUCAUAGGGCGGAUUGUAGGCAUUACGCAGUCACCAACCACUAUAAUUUUCGAGCUCCCGAAUAAUCAGCGAGCUGUUCUCACCUUGACGAGUAUUACAGAUUGCUAUCUUAAAGCUUUUGAAGCUGCACAAAAUUAUGAAUUGAAUCAGGUUUACAAAGUGAAACUUUUGCGCUUUGAAAAUGAUACGGGUAGAUGGAUUGCUAUCACUGAAACAUAUCGUAACUUAUUGCAACAUGCAAACGGAGUGCUCUACCGAAAUGGAGUUGAAAUUGAAUCAGAGUUACAAGCAUUCGUGGUUUCAAAUGCUGACAAUGAUAUUAUCGUAGAAAUCAGUCCUGGCAUUUUGGGCCGUCUCAAGAAAUACAAGUUCUCAUUACAACCCGAUGAUUUGAUCAAAGUUUGUACCACUCACGUGCAGGAUCAAGAUGGUGUUUUAAGAUUAAGAUUUAUUGGCUUGAUUGUAAACAAUGUUCCCAAAAAGAGACCAAGAAAAAGAUUCCUUAGCGUUGGAUCUGAUACUGGAAGCGAUUCAUCUCGAAAGAAAUCGAAGAAAGCGGGUUAUAUGGCGAAAGGUUUUAAAGAAGAUGAUUUACAGCGUAUUACGCAUCUUGAAGCAAAAAUACCUGAGCCAGGUUUAGAUUGGUCACUUGAGGGCUUUUCACCGGCAGAAUUCGCUAAUGUGGGGCAAAUUAUCGGAAAAAUGGAGAAUGCUGAGAACAGUUCAUCAUUGAAAGAAGAAGACUUUAUCAGUGAAGUAGAAGAUACAUCGAAAACAAAAGAGCAACUUCAAAUCGACAAAGAAAAGAAGUUGAUGCUUCGUGAACGGCAGAUUAUAGAAGCAGAUUGGAUUCCUGAUAGCAGUCAUGAUUUUGAUCGUUUAGUUGCUGGUUCGCCUAAUUCGUCGAUGUUGUGGAUCAGGUACAUUACUUUUUUUUUGGAAAGAAAUGAAAUAGAGAAAGCAAGGGCGAUUGCUGAGCGAGCGCUUGCGGCUAUCAAUUUUAGAGAAGAAGAUGAAAUUUUCAACAUUUGGACUGCAUACCUGAAUUUAGAAGCUAAUUUUGGUACUGAUGAUUCUUUGAAGACAGUUUUUGAUAGGGCCAUCAGAAAUACAGAUUCUUUAAAAAUGUGCAAGCAAAUGGUAAAAAUCUACCAAAAUGUUGGAAAAACUGAGGUAAUUAGUUCAGUUCUGUUAAUAGUAUACUUUAUAAUUUUAAUCUGCAAUACUAUUCUCGCACAAAUGUGAAG